CGUAUCCGUCCGAACUUAUAUAAGGCGAUUACACUAGUAGUGACGCAAUCAGAACGACAUAGCAUUUGUCAAGGACGUUUAUCGACUGAGUGGAAGUGAACUAGAACCAUGCCAAGGGGAAGCAGAAGCCGCACCUCAAGGAUGGCACCGCCAGCCAGCCGGGCCCCAGUAAUGAGGUCUGCACCCCCUCCUGCAGCUCACCCACCUGCACCUGUAGCCGCAGCCCCAUCUGCACUUGGACCAGCAGCAGCUCCCAGGCAACCAGGUCUGAUGGCCCAAAUGGCAACCACAGCUGCUGGGGUGGCCGUGGGCUCUGCAGUUGGACACACGCUGGGCCAUGCGAUCACUGGAGGUUUUGGUGGAGGAAGCAGUUCGGAGCCAGCAAGGGCAGACGUCACAUACCAGGAACCAGCCGCUGCCCAGCCAAUGUAUCAGCAGCCGCAGCAGCAGCAGCAAUCCCAGUACUCACCCUGUCAGUAUGAGCUGAAACAGUUCCUGGAGUGUGCUCAGAAUCAAAGUGACCUGAAGCUCUGUGAAGGUUUUGGAGAGGUGCUAAAACAGUGUCGCUUUGCAAAUGGCUUUCAAUAAAUAUUGGCUUGGCAGUAGAAGAACGUGUGUGCUCAUGGAUCAGAAACAUGACCCACACAGAAACUAGAAUUAUGCAAGUUAAAUCAUUAAAUGGAUUGCGUCCUCCUCUCAAGCACGCCUUUGAAAUCCUAUCAUCUGGGGUUUUGAUCACCGGAUUCAGAAUGAAAAGAAACAUAACAUCUUUUGGGGGAACGCAGAAAACGCACAACUAUUGGGCCAUGGAUUUGGAGAUUGAAUUCUGUUCCAUGAGACAUCUGUCUGUCAUUAGAAUGAUUUUUUUUAUUUAAAUAAAAUGUUUCCAUGGCUCCA